GCUGUACAGCUGCAGUAACUCCUGAGGAGCUAGCUUUCCAGUGGCAACUACUCUCUCGAUACUCUCUAUCUAUGGGUGGUGAGACAAUCGGAAAUGGUUUGAAUCAAUAUCAACACUCAAAGAUAUAUCAUUUGUGACCAGCGGCAUUUGAACCGUAUCAAACUGAGUGGUGGUUGUGGGUUCAAGCUCGAUAAUUGAAUAUGGUUAGAUCAAUGUCAAUUUCAUUCUUGGGGAUGAUGGUAUUAUUAUGGUGGUUGGCUGUGGCUGCGGUGGCAGAUGAUGUCAAGUACAAAGAUCCAAAACAGCCUGUUGCAGCUAGAGUGAAGGAUCUCUUAGGAAGAAUGACGAUGGAAGAGAAAAUUGGUCAGAUGGUUCAGAUAGAAAGGAUUUCAGCUACUCCUGAUAUCAUGAGGCACUACUUCAUUGGAAGCUUACUAAGUGGUGGAGGGAGUGUUCCAAAUCCCCAUGCAACUGUCGUCGAUUGGAUUAAUAUGGUAAAUGAGUUCCAAAAUGGGUCACUUUCUACCCGUUUAGGGAUCCCAAUGAUUUAUGGAAUUGAUGCCGUUCAUGGGCACAACAAUGUUAUCAAUGCUACCAUAUUUCCCCACAACAUUGGCCUUGGAGCUACCAGGGACACUGAUCUUGUGAAGAGAAUCGGUGCUGCCACUGCUGUUGAAGUUAGAGCCACUGGAAUUCCAUAUGCAUUUGCUCCUUGUAUUGCUGUAUGCAGAGAUCCAAGAUGGGGACGAUGUUAUGAGAGUUACAGUGAGGAUACCAAACUUGUCCAAAAUAUGACAGACAUGAUAGUAGGGUUGCAAGGUGAAAUUCCAAACGGAUCACGGCUGGGUGUUCCAUAUGUUGCUGGAAAGGACAAGGUUGCUGCUUGUGCAAAGCACUUUGUUGGUGAUGGUGGGACAACUCGUGGAAUUGACGAAAAUAACACCGUGAUCAACCAACAUGACUUGCUUAGUAUCCACAUGCCCCCGUAUUAUGACUCCAUCAUCAAGGGUGUAUCAACAGUCAUGGUGUCUUAUUCCAGCUGGAACGGUGAAAGAAUGCAUGCCAACGGUGAUCUUAUUACUGGAUACCUUAAGGACAAGCUUAAAUUCAAGGGUUUUGUUAUAUCAGAUUGGGAGGGAAUCGACCGAAUUACUUCCCCUCCUCAUUCCAACUACACUUACUCUGUCCAGGCUAGUAUUUUAGCUGGCAUCGACAUGGUUAUGGUCCCAAAUAAUUACACAGAGUUCAUUAAUGAUCUUACAUAUUUGGUCAAGCACAAAUUUAUCCCAAUGGAUCGUAUUGAUGAUGCCGUGAGCAGAAUUUUACGAGUCAAAUUUACUUUGGGCCUGUUUGAGAACCCUCUUGCUGAUUUCAGUCUAGUUAACGAGGUUGGAAGCCAGGCACAUAGGGACAUAGCAAGGGAGGCGGUUAGGAAAUCGCUUGUGCUGCUGAAGAAUGGGAAAAGGGCAGAUGAACCAAUGCUACCCCUGCCCAAGAAGGCAUCUAAGGUUUUGGUUGCUGGAAGUCAUGCCGAUAAUCUGGGCUACCAGUGUGGUGGGUGGACAAUUGGUUGGCAAGGGUUUAGCGGGAAUGGAAACACGACAGGAACAACUAUUCUUAAUGGAAUCAAAUCUGUAGUUGAUCCAAGCACCGAAAUUUCUUACAUGGAGAAUCCUGAUAGUGAAUUUAUCAAGUCGAAAAACUUCUCUUAUGCCAUAGUUGUAGUUGGUGAGCAUCCUUACACAGAGAUGUUUGGCGAUAGUUCAAACCUUACGAUUGCAGAUCCUGGUCCAAGAAUCAUCACAAAUGUUUGUGGGCAAGUGAAAUGUGUUGUAGUCAUCAUAUCUGGUCGGCCGGUUGUGAUUGAACCAUAUAUGUCUGCGAUUGACGCUCUGGUUGCAGCCUGGUUACCCGGCAGUGAAGGCCAAGGUGUGGCGGAUGUCCUUUUUGGAGACCAUGAGUUUACGGGAAAGCUUUCAAGAACUUGGUUUAGAACUGUCGACCAACUCCCGAUGAAUAUAGGCGAUCCACAUUACAAUCCACUCUUCCCUUUUGGAUUCGGACUCACAACAAAGUCAGUUAUUGAUAGGUCAAUAUCAGCUGGUAUCACUAGAAGACCGUAUCUCGUUGGCAUUUUGGUCUCGUUGCUUCUUAGUUUUAGUUUAUCGCACGCAUACAUUGCGUAGCUUCAACUUUCCUAGAUCAUUUUGUAGACUUUAGGGGAAUUAUAAGAGGUUAAGCUUUUAGAAUUAGAUUAGAUGAAAGCAUUGGUAGUUAUGUUUGAUGAAGUGACUUUAAACAUCCAAUAAUUUUGACACUUUGAGACAAUGUUAUUAUUGUAUCAUAUUCAAAAUUUGAUCAUUUGAAGACCUCACCAAAAGAGUCAU